AAAUCUCAAAUUUUGGUUUUAUGGAAAGUUCUAAAAGGCUUUAAUGUGUGUGUGUGUAUAUAUAUCAUCGCCUUCACUCGACAAUCCAAAAAUUUCUCCAAAUUAGUAUAAUUCAAAUGGAGUUUUUUCACCUACCCAUCACAAUAUUCUCAUCAAUUUCUGUUCUCCUCCUACUCCUGAUCUUUCUUCUCCUCUCACAAAAUUACAACUUCAAAUUUCACACUCCACUUAAUUCCACGCACUUGCACCGCCAAAUUCCUCCUAUUUCCGAUCAAUUCCGAGCCCUUCACUUCCCACAAACAGCCCCUUCUCGCGUUACACUGAGAAAAGUGAGGAAAACUUGGCUGAGUCGUGAAGAAAAGCUGGAACUAGGGCUCGCACAGGCUAGGGCUUCUAUUCGCAAAGCGGCUAAUGACUCGAACCUCUCCUCUUCCUCCGUCGAUUACGUUCCUUCUUCUUCUUCAGUUUAUCACAAUCCCCGCGCUUUUUAUCAAAGCUACGUGGAAAUGGAGAAAAGAUUUAAAGUGUACGUGUACCCAGAAGGGGAAUUGCCAAUAACACAUGACGGGCCGUGUAAAAACAUAUACACAAUUGAAGGGAGGUUCAUACAUGAAAUGGAGGAUGGUGGAAACGGGUUCAGAACGGUGGAUCCGGGUCGGGCUCAUGUUUUGUUUAUGCCGUUUAGUGUGGCUUGGAUGGUGAAGUACUUAUAUAAAGCUGGAAGUUAUGAUCAAACGCCGUUGCGGAUGUUUGUGAGUGACUACGUGGAGGUGGUGUCCAAGAAAUACCCGUUUUGGAAUAAAACUAAUGGGGCUGACCAUUUCAUCCUUGCAUGCCAUGAUUGGGGUCCAAUAGCAACAGAAGGAAACCGAUUCCUAUACAACACAUCAAUCCGUGUCCUAUGUAAUGCCAAUUCCUCCGAAGGCUUCAACCCACAAAAAGACGUCAGCCUCCCGGAGAUCCACCUCUACGACGGCGACAUUUCCCCCAAACUCCUCUCUUCAAACUCCCACCACCACCGUCCACACCUCGCAUUCUUCGCCGGCGGUCUCCACGGUCCAAUCAGACCCAUACUCCUAAACCAUUGGAAAAACCGAACCCACACCAACAUCCACGUCUACGAGUACCUCCCGACACAACUCGACUACUACGACCAAAUGCUUCAAUCCAGAUUCUGCCUCUGUCCCAGCGGCUACGAGGUCGCCAGUCCCAGAAUUGUCGAGGCCAUUUAUGCCGAAUGCGUUCCCGUGAUUAUUUCGGAGCGUUAUGUUUUGCCCUUCAGCGAUGUGUUGAGAUGGAAAGGGUUUUCGAUUGAGGUUAGUGCGUCGGAAAUUCCGAGGUUGAAGGAGAUUUUGAUGGGUGUGUCGGAUGAAAAGUAUGAGAAACUUAAACAAGGUUUGAGGACUGUGAGGAAGCACUUUGUGCUGAAUCGUCCGGCUAAGAGGUUUGAUGCUUUUCAUAUGAUUUUGCACUCUGUUUGGCUUCGGAGAUUAAAUGUAAAACUUGCUUAACCCUUAAACUUUAUCAUGACCAAUUUUCUAUUUUGUACAUAACUCUCUAAAUAUUACACUUUACUUUAACAUCUUUUAGCUCUUUAGAUUUGAUACAAA